AUGAACGCGUCGGGGCGGCUGCCGGCGGGGGGCGAGGAGGAGCCCCCCGGCGCCUCGCUGGCGCCGCUGCUGCCGCUGGGCGGGAACGGCAGCGCGGGCGGCGGCCCCGGGGAGCUGCGGGAGGGGACCCACGCCGCCACCCUGGCAGCCUGCGCCUCCCUGCUGGCCCUCGUCUUCUGCCUGGGCUCCUACGGCAACCUCAUCGUCUUCCUGUCCUUCUUUGACCCGGCCCUCAGGAAAUUCAGGACCAACUUCGACUUCAUGAUCCUCAACCUCUCCUUCUGCGACCUCUUCAUCUGCGGGGUGGCCGCCCCCAUGUUCGCCUUCGUCCUCUUCUUCGACUCGGCCCGAGGCGUCCCGGGUGCCUUCUGCUUCGCCUUCCACCUCACCAGCUCCGGCUUCAUCAUCAUGUCGCUCAAGACGGUGGCGGUCAUCGCCCUGCACCGGCUGCGCAUGGUGCUGGGGAAGCAGCCGCACCACGCCGCCUCCUUUCCCUGCACCCUCCUCCUCACCCUGCUCCUGUGGGCUACCAGCUUCACCCUGGCCACCCUGGCCACCCUGAAAACCCACGGCUCCCGCCUCUGCCUACCCAUGUCCAGCUUCGCCAGCGGCGAGGGGAAGAUCAUCCUCUACCUCUACGUCACCGACUUCAUCUGCUGCGUGGCCGUCGUGUCCGUCUCCUACGUCAUGAUCGCCCAGGCCCUGCGGAGGAAUGCUCAGGUGAGGAAGUGCCCGCCUGUGGUGGCUGUGGAUGCCUCCAGACCGCAGCCCUUCGUGGGGCCCCCGGCCGCCGGGGCUGGGGAGGGCACGCAGAGCGCCGUGCCCGCCUUGUACAGGAACCAGAGCUACAGCAAGCCGCAGCACAUCCAGACGCACGGCUACACCAAGCACCUUGGCCAGCUGCCGGCCACCGCUGCUGGCCGGCUCCAGCUGGUGUCGGCGGUCAACCUGUCCACGGCCAAAGACUCCAGGGCGGUGGUGACGUGCGUCGUCAUCGUGCUCUCCGUCUUGGUUUGCUGCCUGCCCCUGGGCAUCUCUUUGGUGCAGGACAUGCUGUCCAGCAGCGGUGGCUUUGUUCUCUACCAGUUUGAGCUGUGUGGGUUUACCCUCAUUUUUUUCAAAUCUGGAUUAAAUCCUUUUAUAUAUUCCCGCAACAGCGCGGGACUUCGGAGACGAGUCCUCUGGUGCCUGCAAUACGUAGCCCUUGUCUUUUUCUGCUGCAAGCAGAAGACAAGGCUUCGGGCCAUGGGCAAAGGCAGCCUGGAAGUCAACAGGAACAAGUCAUCCCACCACGAGACCAAUUCAGCGUACAUGUUGUCUCCAAAACCUCAGAAAAAGUUUGUGGACCAAGCCUGUGGUCCUAGUCACUCCAAGGAAAGCGUGCUGAGUCCCAAGGCUUCUGUCGGGCAUCAGCACUAUGCACAGAGCAGCUCAACCCCCAUGAACACCCGAAUCGAGCCCUAUUACAGUAUCUAUAACAGCAGCCCUUCCCAGGAAGCGAGCACCCCAAAUAGCUUACAGCCGGUGAACUCUACUUUCGGGUUUGCCAAAUCCUACAUUGCCAUGCAUUAUCACACCACCAACGACUUGGUGCGAGACUAUGACAGUGCUUCGACUAAGCAGAUACCGGUGCCCUCAGUGUAACCUUAGGAAAGGGUUCUGAUCUAGCUGAUCCAGUGG